CUGUUUCUCAUCGACAACUGUGCUGAUGAUUGGAGGAUAGCUAUGACGUGGGAAAGAAUAAGCCUAAUACUGCUGGAAAUUGCUGUGAGUGCUGUACAUCCAGUUCCUGGAGAGUAUUAUUUCACGUGGAACACUAAUCAGGAGGGUCGUGUCGAGUCGACCGAGGUGCCCGUCGACGUAGUCUUAUCGUUGCCCAUGUUUUUACGUCUGUAUCUCAUAUGUCGGGUGAUGUUGUUACACAGCAAACUGUUUACGGACGCAUCUUCCCGCAGUAUCGGAGCCCUAAACCGGAUCAACUUUAACACCCGCUUUGUGCUUAAGACCCUCAUGACGAUAUGUCCCGGAACGGUAUUGCUUGUCUUCAUGGUGUCCCUCUGGAUUAUCGCCAGCUGGACUCUCCGGCUUUGUGAGGGAUAUCACGACGAAGAGCACACCAAUCUCCUAAACAGCCUGUGGUUGAUCGUCAUAACCUUCCUGUCCGUGGGGUACGGGGACAUUGUACCAAACACGUACUGUGGGAAAGGGAUAGCUGUCAUCACGGGUCUUAUGGGAGCCGGAUGUACAGCCCUCGUUGUAGCUGUAAUAGCCCGAAAAUUGGAGCUUACUCGGGCUGAAAAGCACGUCCACAACUUCAUGAUGCACACUCAGCUAACUAAACGGCUAAAAAAUGCUGCAGCGAAUGUUUUACGAGAAACAUGGCUGAUCUACAGGAACACCAAAUUGGUUAAACGUGUAGAUUUUGCCAAAGUUAGAACUCAUCAGCGAAAAUUUCUUCUAGCUAUUUACAGUCUGAGGAAGGUUAAAAUGGACCAGGAAAAACUGAUCGACAGUGCCAGCACUAUUACUGAUAUGGCAAAGACUCAGAAUACUGUGUACGAGAUCGUCUCUGAUAUGAACCAACGCCAGGAAACCGUGGAGAAGCAAGUAGCGACACUGGUGGGAGAAAUAGAAAACAUUCAGGAGCAGAUCCGGAACCUCCCGAACAUCAUAUCAAUUUUCUUGGCUCAGCACCUGAAUGACGGUCUCAAUACUGCAGGGAAUGGGUGGGAGAAUCAGCACACCCACCUCCACCCGGAUGGUGUAACGUACCCCAAUCGGUCUCCGGUAACUUUAACAACUGGUCAGAAUGUCAGAGCGGGGCUGCUACCCCCUCUGAUGCCCAAAGCCGGUUCCACAGUCAAUUGAAAGUGUCCUUCAAUCUUCACACACCUGAAAAUAACUAAGACUGGACGUAGAUCUAUGAAGACAUUUUUUUAACAAGGUCCGAUAACAGUUGAUUUGUCUACUUUACUUUUAUCUAGGAAGUCCAAAAUCCGUUGUGUUUUUCUACAAUCCAGCAAGGAACAGCCGCUAUGACUAAAAGAA